AUGUUCACUUGUGGUAAAUGGCUUUCAUGCCCCCAUGCUAAGAUUGCUGUUGGGAAGGAGAUAAAUAAAAUUGUUUUGGAAGAUUAUUCGUUUUGGUUUCAAUGCAAGAACAUAGUGAAAGUUAGUGAGCCUUUAGUUAGAGUGCUUCAUCUUGUUAAUGGGGAUGAGAAACCUGCUAUGUGGUACUUGUAUGAAGCAAUGGACAAAGCAAAAAAGGAAAUAAAAAAAAGGUUGAAGAACAAAGUUUCUUUGUAUGGAAAUUAUAUUAGAGUUAUUGAUGCUAGAUGGGACAAACAACUUCAUAGUCCUUUGCAUGCAGCAGGUUGCUUUCUUAAGCCUGCAAUUUACUUUAGGCCUUCAUUUAAAAGGCAAAAUGAAGUUCAAAGAGGGUUGCUAAGCACUCUAAUGAGGUUGAUUCCCGAUCCUAACAUUCAAGACAAAAUAAGUUCACAACUUGAUGAGUACAAAAAGUCAAUUGGUGACUUUGGCACGUCACUAGCAAUUCGCCAACCAGAGAGACUAAAUCCAGUUUCAUGGUGGGAGCAAUUUGGACUUGGAGUUCCAGAUUUACAAUCAUUUGCCAUUCGUGUGGCUGAAGAACCUGCACUUCUUAAUCCAGAUGACAUAAAUUGGGAUUGUCUUAAUGAACCAACAACCCUAGUGAAUGUGGAAGAGGAUGCUGAACUUGAAACUAUUGAUGUUGAUGACGAUAAUGAUGAUGACAACAACAAUGAACCUGGGUUGACAAAUCUUCCAAUGGGUGCUGGUAGUUCUUGUGGGAGUUCUUUUGAUGAUGAAUUUGAUCCUUCUCUCAUGAAUGAUGAUGAGGAGGAAUAA